CUAGAAGACCAAAGGAAAACCCCUGUGGACCAGAAAAACCUCCAAAACUGUUAUUGCUUGCUUGCACGAUCUCUCUCUCUGAAACUUAAAUCUUUUUCAACAAAACAAAAUAACAUUCGUUUUUUGUUAUAUCGAAAAAAAGUAGGUGUGGCCCCUCACUCAACUCUCUCCCUUUCACCGUCUCCUUCUCCUUCUCCUUCUCCUCCUCGAACGUCUCUCAUUCAUAUUUUCUGUUCCUUCCUUCCUUUCCUUUAUCUUCGCUUUCUGGUUAAGCACGCUUAGCACACAAGACUUCGUUAAAAGGAAAAAGGUACGCGCUUUCUCGUAAUCUCAUUGGCAGCAGCUCUAUUAAAGUUUCACUUUUUUCCCAAACUGAGAUGUGGGUUCUGCUCCUUGUUCCCUUUUGACAAAUGGGUUCGAAGGAAUUUUCUUGUGGUGUUGUGUGUAACAAAAGCUUCUCUCGAGCUGGUGUUUUUUGCUCAACUUCUUCUCUGGUUUUUUGGGUUUUCUUGUUCUGAAAGUAAGCUUGACAUAUAUAUUGCUCCCUUCUGAUGGCUGAGGAGAGCAUUGGUUUUCAAAUGACCCCAACAACAGGGAAGAAAGAAAAAAUUGUUCCUCAUUAUCUAAGAGCUUCUACUGGUUCGUGUCACGAUUUUUGUAAAUUUGGGAAGAAACAUGAAGCUGAGGAGUUGGCAAGGUAUCCUAUACCAAAAAGACUUGCUGCAAAACUUAGUGGUAGUCGAAGUUUGAUCGAAACUGCUGAUUCUCCAGCGAUAAGGAAGUCGUCCAAGGUCAAACUCAAAAAUUCUCCUGGUUCCAGAAUUCGAUCACCUAGGGAUAGCAAUAUUUGUAACCGGCAGGCACUGACGAGAUCACUUGACAGCCUGAAUGUUGUGAAAACUGAUGAGGAGAAGAAACCAUUGUCGGUCAAACAUGAAGCUGCAGUCUCUUCAAAAUCCCGAACACAUGAUAUCCCCAAAACUAUGAAGCAGAAACUGUCAGCUUCUACUGAAAAGCUUGAAAUCUCUUCAAAGAAAGCUUCAACAGAAGCUAAGCGAAAAAGCUUUUCUGGUAAGCAUCAAACUUCUCCGAAAUCAAAUUCUGCACCAGUGAAGCCACUGUCUUCUCCAGAAUCCUCGGGAAGAUUAAACAGAAAUGGGGAGACAAGGAUUGGCAAGAGUACUGGGACCUCUGUUACAGUGGCUCCAAAGAAAGGACUAGCAUCCCCAAAAGUUUCAUUGCCCACUAAAACCUCUCAAAGCAGUGUUGCAAGCUUAAACAGAAAGCAGCAGGGGAACAGGAGCUUAAAGAAAAAUGUUUCUCCCAUCGAAAGUAAUAACAAAGUUAGAAUAGCUGAGCCUACAGAAUCCAUUAAUGUUGAAGUCCCGGAAAAAACUCUGUAUGUCAUCAAGAUGGAAACUGAAAACAAUGCUUUAGAAUCAGAUCAGAACGAAACUUGUGCUGCAGAAGUUGAACCAUUGCCAUAUAUAUUGUCAUUGUCACCCAACUCUUCACCCCUCCCAGAUCGUCUAUCUUCUUCACCGCUCCCAGGCUGCCUAUCUUCUCCAUCUCCUUCACCCCACGAAGAGGAAGAAGAAGUAAAACAAAAACAAGAAGAAGAAGAAGACAAUGAAGAAAGAGAAGAAGAUCAACAGGAGUCUGAAUAUACAAUAAGUGAAUCAGAGGAUUACACUUUCUCUGAGAACAGUGAAACAGAGAGCUUGGAAAAUUCAGAGACACUAGACACCAAUAACAAGAUUCGCAGAAGCUCAGGGUUGGUUUGUGACGAAGAAGGUGAUGACAAAGGUUCAAAAUUGAAGUUCAGAAGGGGAAAGGUGGUAGACAUGCACACUGAGGACAAUGCCCCGAGGAAGCUCAAGUUUAGGAGAGGGAGAGUGUUGGAUAACCAAAAUGUUACUGCAGAUGCACGGAGGAGAAGGUUUAAGAAGAGAGAAGAAGUUGAUGACGCCAAUGCUGAAGCCGGCUCAGAAAAAGUUGUUUUGAAACAUCAAGAUGUGCAGGGCAAGAAAGAUGCUCAAGGUUUGUUUAACAAUGUUAUCGAAGAAACAGCAAGCAAAUUAGUUGAAACCCGAAAGAGCAAAGUUAAGGCCUUGGUUGGAGCUUUCGAAACAGUGAUCUCGCUUCAAGACAAAAAACCUUCUUCAAACAGUCAGUUAAGUUGGAACAAACCUUCUUUUAAUUAACAUACACAAUAUCAACUUUUAUUUUUAAUUUUUUUAAACAGUGAAGAAUAAGCUUUAGCUUGUAAGGGAAAGUUUUAGUAUUCUACAAGCUUUUGGGCCUUUGAGAAAAUGUAAAGGUAGAUUGCUUCAGUUGACUUGAUUGCUGGGUUGGUGAGAUGUAGUAGAGUUGAGUUGAAUAUGAGUGGUGAGUGUAUGUACUUACUGAUCUUGGCAUAUGCUUCAUACACAAAAGGGUAUGCGUUUGCUUCUGAAUUUGAUACUUCCUAUGAUUUAUUAAUCAUUGUUUGUGAAUAAAAACAGUUAAAAAAAUAAUUUCUUAUAUUGAUUGGUGUACGUAGUUCAUGAAAAGAGAGAAGAUAAAGGCUUGCAUUUGUCUUGCAGUAAUAUCUCUCUUUUGAUACAGUGGGAAUUCACUAUAACAGUGGCUUUAUAUUGUGAUACUUUAUAUCAUUUUUAA